UUCAGUAAACGCUCGUGAUCUAAUGCCUGUAGAAAAGUAUUUAAUUGGUUGCGUGCUGCCCCCGCAUUUAUCACCUUUUUCGGAUCCCAGGCACGAUCAAGUGUACAUUCCACCUGAGGAAAGAGCUAUGAUGGACCCAAACUACCGCUUAAAUUAUGAGGAAGAUGCUAGUGUGUCAAGUGAGGAUUCGGAUGCAAAAAAGGACAAAAGUGAUUCGGAACAUGUUAAGGAUACCAAAAAAAAAACUUUUAAUGAAAAGACUAGCAAUGAUAAAGG